UCCACCCACUCCUCUUCCUUUUCGCUGGCGGGGAUCACCACAUAGUUAUUCCCAACUCUCUCUCUCUCUCUCUCUCUUGGCCAGGGAAGAAGGAAAUGCAUUCGCCGCCACCUUCGUCUUCAAGGAAGAAGCCCAAACCAACUGAGGAGAGGGAGGACGGGGAGGAGGAGGAAGAGUCCGUAUUAGUUGCUCUGAUUGAGCAUCGCACCAAGGAAGUCGAUCACCUCCGUCAUCGCGUCUCUUAUUACACCUCCCAGCUCCGAGAGGCAGAGAAGAGGCUCCAUCAUUCCAAAUCUAAAUUAGCUCUGCUACGAAGCAAAGACUCGGCGGCGUCUUCUGAAGCUGGCUUCACUAAUGGGACUGCAAAAGCUAAGGCGGAGCGCCGAUCAAUCAGUCCGGUCGGCACAAGCUCUGGAUCAAAGCCAUCGGCUGGCUCCAGUGCCCCUCCUCCUUCUUCGAUCCUCCAUCAAUCCCCAAGUGCCAGGACUGUUAAGGAGGAGAAACCUCGUGGACGUCCUUCUCUCCAUGAUUCCGAGGCUAUUCAAGAUAGGGGCACCAAAAGAAAGCUUGAACAUCAAGAACACAGAGAACUGAUCCCGUUGAUACGCAGCACAGCCUCUCCAUCCACCAUUCGGUGCCACACAAGCAGUCAGGUUCCCAGCCAACACAAGAGAAAGCUAAGGAGUCUCGCCUUGAGUCCAGCGAAGGAUCUGCUUUUUGCAACCAGUGCUUUGGACGGAGUUGUCAACUUGUGGCAAAUUCAGGCUAACGGACAUUCGGCCUCUCUGCUCAGUACUUCUGAUUGUGCUUCAUUACGGGAGAGGAGAUGGCCUGAAGAUGUAGCUUGGCAUCCUCAGGGAGACAGACUGUUUUGUGCAUACACUGCUGAUGGUGGGGACUCUCAAAUCUCAAUCCUAAAUCUCAAUAGAACAAAAGAGAGAGCUCGUGUAUCUUUCGUGGAAGCUAAGCCACACCAGAAGGGAAUUAUCAAUAGCAUUCGCUUUAUGCCUUGGGAAGAUAAUUACUUUGUCACUGGUGGCUGUGAUCAUGCUGUCAUACUCUGGAAUGAGGACGAUGAUGACAACGAUAACAAGUGGAAACCAAAAGCAUUGCAUAGGAAUAUGCAUUCCUCUGCUGUAAUGGGCGUUGCCGGAAUGCAGCAAAAGCAAGUUGUACUAUCAGCUGGGGCUGACAAGAAAAUUAUUGGGUUUGAUGUGCAAACUGGGAGGCCGCAAUUUAAGCAUCAAAUAGAAAGCAAGUGCAUGAGCGUCCUGCCAAACCCAUGUGACUUUAAUUUGUUUAUGGUUCAAACCGGGACUCCUGGGAGGCAGCUACGGCUGUUUGACGUGAGAUUGAGGCAGACUGAGCUGCAUGCAUUCGGAUGGAAGCAAGAGACUAGCGAAACACAAUCUGCUUUAAUAAAUCAAGCUUGGUCUCCUGAUGGCUUUCUCGUAACAUCUGGCUCUGCUGAUCCCAUCAUACAUGUCUUUGACAUCAGGUACAAUGGAUGCACGCCUUCGCAGUCCAUCAAAGCUCACCAAAAACGUGUCUUUACUGCUGUGUGGCACCAAUAUCUUCCUCUUCUCAUAUCCAUCUCUUCUGACUUGAAUAUUGGUAUCCAUAAGAUCACCUCAUGAGUUCAGAACGAAACUUCCGUCCUUAUGUCUGUCAUGCGGAUGUCGUGGAGAAUCUUGAUUCUCCACGACAUCCUUGGUUCAUGCUUGAAGCAUUACCUCGCGCCAUUAUGCGACUGGCAGAAGUUGAGUGACGGAAGGGGUAUGCGCAUAUUUUCUGAACUUAAUGGUAUACCCAUGGAUUGGCGCAUGAUUUGGAAGUCUAUAUUUCUAUAAUUAAAGGAGCUUUGUCCCUAU